CUCGCAGCCACAAUUUGCAAUUUAAAGGAUGCUUUUACCGAGUGUCAUGUGAUCAUUGCUUUGAUUGGCUGCAUUUGUUCGCUCCAUCCAUCGUCCGUCUCUUUAUUCUUGGCGGUUAAAAGCGUCUGAAUGUAACUAAGUGGAGACGUGAUGCAGCUGAACUACACACCUGGUCACACAGCUGGACCGACGAGCUGCUGUUGGGAUAUCUGGACUAUCUUUCAGUAUGACAGGUCCAGUGCAGGAUUCACACAGGCUGUCUGUGAAAACAUGGACAGAGGAGGAGAGUGAUCGGGCUGACAGCACACUCAGCAGAGCUCAGUCGAUGUGUGAUGACACGUCCUCUGAGCUUCAGAGAAUGGCGGCCAUUGACAGAAGAGACAUCAACUCCCAGAAUUCCUUGCAUGGGAGAGGUGCUCUGUCCAGGAUAGUCAGUAUGGUGAUGACUCUGAGAGAUUGGGCUCAGAAGAGUUUGGCUGAAGAGACGGAGCGACCCGAUUCGUUCCUGGAGCGUUUCCGAGGCCCCCCCAACGCCGACAUGCAGGCCCCGCCCAGCAGGUUCAGCCACCGCACCGGCUCCGACACCGACCAUGAAGUCAGGCACUCCAGACGCACGAGGAGGAAGUGUCACGUGGAAGUCUUGUCACCGUCUGAUGAUGCGUACUACCACUGGCUGAUGGUGAUCGGAGCUGCUGUUUUUUAUAACUGGACCCUUCUGGUUGUCAGGGCCUGUUUCGAUGAGCUCCAGAUGAGGAAUGUGUUGGUGUGGCUCGUACUGGACUACGUCUGUGAUGGAGUCUAUAUCCUGGAUAUAGCUGUUCGUCUCCACACAGGUUUCUUGGAUGAAGGCUUGAUGGUAAAAGACGUCCGGCGUCUGAGAGAAUCCUACGUUCGGACGUUGCAGUGUCAGCUGGACAUUUGUUCCAUCCUUCCCACUGACCUGCUGUACCUCUCUGUUGGGAUCGGAUACACUCCUCUUCUCCGAUUCAACCGGCUGCUGCGUCUGCCGCGUCUCUUCGAGUGGUUCGAGCGCACCGAGACACGGACGGGCUACCCCAACGCUUUCCGCAUCUGUAAACUGGUUCUGUACAUCCUGGUGAUCAUCCACUGGAACGCCUGUGGAUACUACAGCUUCUCCAAGGUUCUGGGCCUGGGCUCAGAUUCUUGGGUCUAUCCCAACGCAUCAGAUCCUGAGUUCGGCUCACUGACCAGAAGUUACAUCUACUGCCUCUACUGGUCCACUCUGACGCUGACCACCAUUGGAGAGACGCCUCCUCCUGUGAGAGACGAGGAGUAUCUCUUCCUCAUAUUUGACUUCCUGGUUGGUGUUCUGAUCUUUGCCUCCAUUGUGGGUAAUGUUGGAUCCAUGAUCUCCAACAUGAACGCCACGAGAGCAGCCUUUCAGAGCCGCGUCGACACCCUCAAACACUACAUGCAGUUCAGGGAUGUGAGCAAAGUGCUGGAGCAGCGCGUCAUCCGCUGGUUCGACUACCUCUGGACCAAUCAGAAGACAAUAGACGAACAGGAAGUGCUGAGGAGCCUGCCCAAUAAACUGAGAGCAGAGAUUGCUAUCAAUGUUCACCUGGACACAUUGAAGAAGGUGCGUAUUUUCCAGGACUGUGAGGCAGGCCUCCUCGUAGAAUUAGUACUAAAACUUCGGCCGCAGGUUUUCAGUCCUGGAGACUACAUCUGUAGAAAGGGAGAUGUGGGUAAGGAGAUGUACAUCAUUAAAGAAGGGCAGCUGGCGGUGGUGGGGGAAGAUGGCGUCACCCAGUUUGCCGUUCUGACGUCCGGCAGCUGCUUCGGAGAAAUCAGCAUCCUGAACAUCAGCGGCAGCAAGAUGGGGAACCGACGGACGGCCAAUAUUCGCAGUCUGGGAUACUCAGACCUGUUCUGCCUCUCCAAACAAGACCUGAUGGAGGCGCUGCAGGAGUUCCCCCACGCCAGGGCCCAGCUGGAGCAGAGGGGGCGGGACAUCCUGCAGAAGGAGGGGCUUCUGGAGGAAGUCAACGUGUCUGCUGGGGAGGAACUGGAGGAGAAGUUGGAGAGGCUGGAGAGCAGUCUGGAUCGGCUACAGACGUGUUUGGCCCGUCUGCAGAGCGAGUUCAACUCGUCCCAGCUCAGACUGAAACAGCGAAUCACAACCCUGGAACACAACGUGACCACGGUGGGGACAGGCAGCGGCUUCCUGUCUGACGCCGACGGCAACGAGAGCGUUUUCGGUGGCGACGGCGUGCGCAGUGAAAUCAACAUCCGACUCUAAAGGACACGCUACGGCAAUAUGUGGAGAUACCACACAGAGUCCACAUUGGCAGAAAAUAAUGUACUUUUAUUUAUUCAUAGAAAUGUAAAUACACAAAACAAACCAUAAACAUGUAAACAGUCUAUUCUAGAGAAGGCAAACAUCUUUACAGCAGAUAUCUCCAACACUCGGGAACUCACACCAAAACUACCUAGAAUGAUAAAUAACAUUACAGGGAAGAGAAAAGAAAUUACUGGGGCAGUUCACC